AUGUCGGGAAAGAAAAGUGGUCCGCUGCUCUCCGAUUCAGCACCCGUCGCCGAACCCCUUCUCAGCCGCUUGAUUGUGGCACCGGUGCUGUUCAUAUCCUUUCUGAUAUCGCUGUUUCUCAUCGAUCGCCAAACGUACGGCAGCAUCUUCGCCCGAUCCGGCAGUCGCGAUGGAUAUUAUCAUUCCCAUCAGCGCAAAUUGGCCAAACGAGAGAUGGACGACGCCUUUCAGAUGCGAAGCAAGGUGAUCGCUGGCAUGUUCAUAUUCAGCGCAGUCACCCUAGCACUGCUUGCUUGGACAUUGGAGUCCGUGUGGAAAGGGUGGAGAUAUAGGGUAUGA